CCACUUGCCAAGCUCGCUCCCAGCCACCUUAUAUAAUAGGGCCUUACUUCCACCUAACAAGAACCAACCAGAGUGAAAUUAGUUAAAAUGAGGAGUCGUGCUGCAGCAAUUUCCAUUCUCCUAUUCACUCUCGUUAUCGCCAGCUGCCUCCUCGAGCUGGAGGUGGAGGCGAAACCUCAAACUUGCUUGCCGAGCGGCAAGCUCCGAGGCAGGAAGCCGCCGCCAAAGAAGUGCAACCAGAUCCACGACUCCGACUGCUGCGUGGAGGGGAAGCUGUACACCACCUACAAGUGCUCGCCGCCGAUCACGAGGCAGACCAAGGCGGUGCUGACCCUGAACAGCUUCGAGAAGGGUCAGGACGGGGGCGGGGCGUCGGAGUGCGACAACAAGUUCCACGGGGACGGGGAGCGGGUGGUGGCGCUGUCGAGCGGGUGGUUCGACAACAAGAAGAGCUGCCUCCAGCGGAUCAAGAUCACGGCCGGGAACGGGAGGAGCGUGGUGGCGAAGGUGGUGGACGAGUGCGAUUCCACGGAGGGGUGCGACGACGAGCACGACUACCAGCCGCCGUGCCCGAACAACGUUGUGGAUGCUUCGCCGGCGGUGUGGGAUGCGCUUGGGGUGCCUUCUGGGGAACAAGGGGAUUUGAAGGUCACCUGGUCGUUUCUCUAGUAACUAACUUCCUUCCAUUCCAUCAGGACAUGUCUUUUAACUCUUUAUGCAUGCGUGGCGUGGCGUGGCGUGGGUCUUCCUUUAAUUUGUGUUGUGUGUGCUACUGCUAUGUGUCUUUUUUUGUUUUUCUUUUCACUUGUCUUUUAGGGACCAAACUGCGGCUGGUCUAGUGUACCGAAGUAAACGAAUAAUCGAUGU